UGCUGUUCUUCCUAAUUAUUCAUCUGCAUGACCAUUUGGGAACAAGAUUGUACUGCUGUAAAGAACAAAUAGCUCUGAUCUCGAAACAAGUAAUGUUUUCCAGUUGUGGAGUGACUAGACUAUGCAACAUCUGCUGUAACCAAGAAUCUAGAAAAUUACAAGCUCCUGUGCAGUUUGUGCGGUUGAACAUGGAAUUACCUUUGACAGAGUGUUCACAUCACUGUGUGUGUGUCACCUGACAGCCUUGUGCUGCAGGAUGAACCUAAUACAGAGCUAUUAUUAGUAAGGGUGUGCAAGCAAAGAAACCUUUCUGUGGAUUACAUUGCUGGACUUCCCAAGCAACAAUGUUACCCAGCUGGCCUGCUCCAGAAUUCAAUCCCAGCCAGAUAAGACUUCUAGUCUACCAGGAUUGUGAGCGACGGGGGAGAAAUGUGCUGUUUGAUUCCAAGAAAACUGAAGAAACUUCAUCUUCAAAGGUUUGCAAUGAAAUCCAAACGAAGAUUCUGGAGAAAUAUUGUCAUUCAAAAUGCAAUACUUGUAUCAGUUCAUCAGAUAGCUUCUCAUCCACCUCCUCAUCUUCCUCGAACUCUAAAGAUCAGUCCUCGAGCCAGAGCUCUCGACAAUCCUCUGAUGCCAGCAUGCUUGAAGAGAUGAUGUUUGGUUCUGUGGCAAUGAGCUACAAAGGUUCCACGUUAAAAAUUCACCAGAUACGGUCUCCACCCCAAUUAAUGCUCAGCAAGGUUUUCACAGCUCGCACUGGAGGUAGUGUGACUGGAAGUUUGAAUACGUUACAAGACAGCCUUGAAUUCAUUAAUCAAGAUACUACCACAUCAAAACCUUGCUCAGAUCAGAAUAAUCUGAUGAACAGUCUUGUAGGUUUUUCGCAGCUUUGCAGCCCUAGGCGGGCACCAGGUGUUUCUGAGCCAGCACCGCUCCGCCUGAUCCGGAGCGCUUCUUUCUUUGCAGUUCACAGCACCCCCAUGGACAUGCCCAGUAGAGGAAUCAAUGAAGGUAGAGGCAGUGGGAUAACAAGAUCUGCUUCCCUGAGCAGUCUGCUGAUCACACCCUUUCCUUCACCAAGCUCCUCACUUCCAAGUAGUUGUGCAAGCAGUUACCAUCGUCGUUGGCGACGCAGUAAGAAUACCAGUCUUGAAAAUGGAGUUUUUCCUAGGUGGUCAGUCGAGGAGAGUUUUAAUAUGUCUGAUGAAAGCUGUAGUUCAAAUCCUUCUAUUGUUCGCAAAAAGAAGAUUGCUAUUGGCAUUAUAUUUUCACUAUCACAGACUGAGGAGGAGAAUAAUAAGUUUCACGAAUUCUUCUUUGCUCAUUUCCCUCUAUUUGAGAGUCAUAUGAACAGACUGAAAUUUGCUAUUGAGCAGGCCAUGAAAAUGAGAAAUAGAAUUUCUGAGACAAACCAGCGUGUUGUGAGUUCCAAUAGAAUUGUGGAUGCUUUAAAUGAAUUCAGGACAGCAAUACAUAAUCUAUAUACAAUGCCGAGGAUUGCAGAGCCAGUCUGGUUAACUAUGAUGUCUGGAGCUCCUGAGAAAAACCUCCUUUGUCAACAGCUUAUGAGAGAAUUUGCUUUAUUGAUGGAGCAAGCUUCAAAGAACCAGUUUCUACCUGCCUUGAUUACUGCUGUACUCACAAAUCAUCUUGCCUGGGUCCCCACUGUUAUGCCAAAUGGUCAACCACCUAUUAAAAUUUUCUUGGAAAAGCAUUCCUCUCAAAGUGUUGAUAUGCUUUCGAAAUCCAACCCCUAUAAUCCGCUGUGGGCCCAAUUAGUUGAUCUGCAUGGUGCAAUAGGUUCUCCUGUAAGAUUAGCCCGGACAGUAGUGGUCGGCAAGCGGCAAGAACUGGUCCAGCGCCUACUGCACUUCCUCACCUACUUCAUUCGAUGCUCAGAGCUGCAGGAAACCCAUCUAGUGGUGGAGGGGGAUGGUGAUUCUGAAAUGACUGAGUCAGUAAUGACCACAUCCCUUGAGAAAGGAGAGAUAGAAGAGUCCGAGUAUGUCGUGGUUACAAUUCACCGAAAUAAAAGCUCCCAUUUUCCAACCAUUUUGCAAAAUCAGAAUAUUCUUUCAGAGAACAGCACUGUUAGUAUCCAGAGCGAGAAAUGUCCCCUUCAUCCUAGGAAAGGACAGCAAGAUGAUAACAGGCAGGAAGAGGCAAGUGGUUCAAAUGAUGCAUUGGUACAAUCUCACAGGAACUUGUGGGAAACCAAUUGUGGCCCAAGCAGCUGUACUGCAAACCUGCCGGCUCUUUGUAGGGAAGAUGCCAUCAAGCCAUACAAAGAAAGCAUACACAGUGUGCCAGAAGCCAAGACCGAAACAUUGCUCUCUGUCAGAUCUGCUGCUGUAGACCAAAGCCACAUCAUAGAACCGGUAAUUGAAAAACAGCCUCCUGAUAAACAGUUGCCUUCUUCCAUUCCCUGUAGUGAAAAUCAUCUCCAAAAUUGUCCCAUUUCAAUGCAAAAAGUCACUUUUCAGAUUGGUGAAUCACUCUCACCUGACUCUGAUACAGAAACCAAGAGAAAAGAAACCAAUGAGGCACUACAAAAGGGCAUUGGGGAGCUUAAAAAAAGAGCACAGAAAGACUUACUGAACAAAUCUUUGGGCCAAAACAAAACAAAUCGGAUAGAGGAAACAUUGUCCAGUACACACAGUUAUGAAUGGGAUGCGUCACAUGAAGGAAGCUUGAGUCUAUUUGAUGAGUAUUUUAAUGAAGGCAAUUUAAUAGAAGCAAAGACCAUCGAUGAUCUUCCUAAAGAAGAUUUGCAAGGCGAGCAGCAAAAUAUUUUGGAUCUGGGGCUUGGUAUUCAGGACAAUGACCAGCAAUAUGGCAUGAAUGGAAGCAGUUGCAUUUGCACUUGUAAAGUGUAUGUAACGGAUUUAGAAUCGCAUUCACUCAGUUCUGCUGGGCAGAACACCAGAGACAAGGCCUCCCUUCUUAAUCACUGUGCAGAAGGCCAUCUACAGAAAAAAGCACCACCUGUGGUUGAGUGGGAUAUUCCCAGAAAUGAAAGCUCAGAUAGUGCCUUGGGUGACAGUGAGAAUGAAGAUGCAGGGCAUGAAUUGUCCAGACAUAAUUACUACAGUUCAGAGCAAGAUGACUGGCUGGAACACAUACCUUUUCCUGGAUCAAAUGCAAUUGAAAUAAACUGCAACAAACCCAGCAUGGCAAAUUUUGGAAGGUCUCUUUUCGGUGGUUAUUGUCCUCAUUAUGUAUCAGACUUUGUUUUGCAUGGAACAGGCAGUGAUGAGAGAUUAAAGCAGUGUUUGCCCUCAGAUCUAACACAUGCUGUUCAGCAUCCUGUUUUGGAUGAACCUAUAGCAGAAGCAAUUUGCAUUAUCGCAGAUAUGGAUAAGUGGACAGUCCAGGUUGCAAGUAGCCAGAGACGUGUCACGGACAGCAACAAACUGGGGAAAGAAGUACUUGUAUCCAGUUUGGUGUCUAAUCUGCUUCAUUCCACUCUACAACUUUACAAACUAAAUCUGUCUCCAAACUUUUGUAUAAUGCACCUAGAAGAUCGCUUGCAGGAGCUAUACUUCAAAAGCAAGAUGUUGUCGGAAUAUCUGAAGGGCCAAAUGAGAGUUCAUGUGAAGGAGUUGGGUAUGGUUUUGGGGAUUGAAUCCAGUGACCUGCCGUUGCUGGCAGCUGUAGCGAGCACUCAUUCUCCAUAUGUGGCCCAGAUAUUGCUUUGAAUUUCCCGAUUGCCAAGUUGUGUUAAACAUUUGGAAAAGGAAAUGACUGCACAGAAUGGAAGACAACACCAAAAUAUUUACAUUUUCCAUGCGUGUAAUCCUAUGUUCUUGUCUUAUAUGGCAAGGUCCUUGCAUUUUAAUGGCAUGAAAAUGCCACAGAAGAAUAUCACGCUGGUAGAAGGAAGAAGAUCGGUAUUGAGCAAAACAGUUAUUUUUCUCACUGUUAAACUGUCUAAAGCAAGUAGAAAGUUUUGGAAGGGGAGACCAAAAAAAAAGAAUAGUGAAAUAUUCUUUUUCAGUGUUUAACUGGUAUUUGAACAACUACAUUUUUAAACCAAGAGCAAGAAAUUUCAGCUUUUUCUUCUGACUUGAUCUAAAACUAUGAUGUUGCAUGUAUGGAAAUUUUUUGACUUCAGGGAAGUCGGACUAACUCCUGUUUUUACUGAACCUGCACAUAUUUGCGCAUUUUUAUUUUUUGUACUCCAUGGACAGAGUAUUUGGAAAGAUGUUUUGUAUGUUUACUUUUACAAAAACCCUCUUAAGAAUAAACUUUUUUAAAAAAGUCUGUUUUAAUGUUUUAAGUAUAUUGAUGUAACUGACAGGAAUCGAACAGUGCUAAUUAUUGCCUUUAAUUAGAGGAAUUGUUAUCUGUGAUUGCUUUUGCUUCACCUUUCUAAAAUUUAAGCAUUGUUGCAACAAUUUGGUUAAAAUCAUAUAGGAAAGAUCAGUCAAAAAUUCAAUACAUACAUUCAUUUGUAUCAGUAACAGACCUUCAGUCAGGAAUCUGACCAAAACUUAUUUGAAAAUGCUUUGUAAUGGAGAGGGAAAAUCAGUUCAAUGCUGUACUACCUCAGUUAAUUCUGCAUCAAGGGAUGUAACAUACUCUCAUUUCUCUGCUACCAAAUUCUAGUUUAGCUGGGUUUUAUUUAUAAUUUGUCUGCCAAUGUUAUGCAUGUUAUUCAGCUCAUGGUGCUAAGUGAUGCGGUAAUGUACCAAGUUCAGGCACUGGCACCACAUGUGAGUAGAGCUCAUGAGAAGAAACUAGAAGUGGAAGAAGAAAUGUAAAUUUUAGCUAAUUAAUUGGUGAGAAUAGGCAUGAUCAUCUUCAACAUGUGGUUCUGGAUCUGGAUGGUUUAAUGCAUUCCUGGUCGAUCAUGUGAAUAAAAUAAAGUGAAAAGACAAUCGUAUUUUCAUGUUCAUACUGAAUUCUGUACAUGAUCCUAACUACAUUAAUUUUUGCAGUAUUUUUCAAUGUUUUUACAAUAUAGUAAUCUCUCUAAGACUUUUGCAUAUUCUCAGAGCCCAGUGCCAACCAGGAUUGGGAAUGUUAGGUUAGGAUAUCAUUUAGCAAUCCAGUUUGACCAUCACUAUAACAACUAAAAUCUUUCAAGUGUGAAGUAGUAUGAGGGUGAAAUGCAGACAAUACCAAAGUAAAUAAAAUCUUUUAAAAUAGCCAUCCACUCUGGGGAAAAGUAGUUAAAUAGUUAUUAAUAUUUUCCAUUGGAACUCCUGGUGUUUGUACUGAUGUCAAAACUGUAUCUAUGUGAUGCUGCAAGAGUUAUUUAUGUUUUUUUUCUUUUCCCUCUCUUCAGUAUUCAUAGAAAAGUAUUCCAGCUAAAGCCUUUUAGAGAGUGGAAGAUUAGUUUUUAUAGCAGCACUAGCAGAAGCUAGGAUUGCAGACACCAUUUACUGUCCUGGUCAAGAUAUAUCAUGGAGAAAAGGAAAUAUAAAUCUUAGCCAGACAAAGGUAUGAGAGGGCAAUUUAAAAUGAGAGUGCCUUUUGAACCCUUCACAGAGAUGUUAAAGUACAAGAUGAAGUAUCUUUGAUAUCGCUUGGAUUUUAUUCUGCAUAAGGUUCUGAGCUAUUGAAUUGAUUUUGUUAAUAUAAUCACAGCCUUAAAGGAAAUUUCCAUCAAGGCAUGGGCUAACAAUAAUAAAAACGUAUUUGGUUAAGGUAGUAAUGGAUGCAUUGCAAGGUACAAUUUAAAAAGAUGAGUUUACUUUAAUAAGGGAUACUUGGAUUGCUUGGGAAAAAAUCCUGUUAAUUUCUCAUCCUCUACUGUAGUUAAAGGCAGUGGGUUUAUACAAAGCUUUUCUUUCAUGCAUUAUGGUUUUAAAGUCUUAAGGGAGAUUUUGAGUAAUUUUUCAAAAUAACUAUUACAAAGUAAUUUCUAAAUUGCAACAUGAAUGCUGAUUUAAGAGCAAGAUAUUAUUGUAUUUAAUAUUUUGUCAAUUGUAAUUGUCUUUUACAGUAUUUUUAAUUUAUUUGACUCAAAUGGAAGUUGUCUAAACUGCACAAAACAUCCAGGGCAUCCUGUAAAUAUUCUUCUUUCAGUGUGCACUAUGUAUUAACCAUUUGUUACUUUUGGAGAAUUCUGUGCAAUAAAUAC